GGAUUAAAACUCAGCGAGCAGGGUCAGGAAGGAGACUGAAUGCGGGCGAGCGGGUGGCGCACGCCCAAGUUCCCCAUUGGCGCGCAAACUUAAGUUACUGUUAAGCGGGUAGUGGCGGCCAGCGUGCGUGUUUGCGGAGGCGUGGCUGGGGUAGCUGACAAAAGUGCCUUGUCGUCUUUAUUCCUCUGUUGGUCUCCAGACUGAAAACAGCGGAAAGGCUACCGGACUCCCACUGGAGCAAGCAGUAACAUGCAGCCGCCGGCAAACCAGCGCGGAUGCGCCUUGGUGGCGCUGCUGCUGGCCUGUGGCUUGUUGGGGGUUUGGGGAGAGGAAAGAGGAUUCCCACCUGCACAAGCCACACCGUCUCUCCUGGGGACUGAAGAGGUAAUGACGCCACCCACUAAGACCUCCUGGACGAGAGGUUCCAACUCCAGUCUGACGCGUUCCUCAGCACCUGCAGAGGUGACCAAAGGAGGGAAGGUGAAUGAAGUCUCGGCAAGAUCCUUCCCUCCUCCAUGCCUACAAACUGUUGAGAUCAACAAGACUUUUAAAUACAUCAACACGAUUGUAUCCUGCCUCGUGUUCGUGCUGGGCAUCAUCGGGAACUCCACGCUGCUGAGAAUCAUCUACAAGAACAAGUGCAUGCGAAAUGGUCCCAAUAUCCUGAUCGCCAGCCUGGCUCUGGGAGACCUGCUGCAUAUCAUCAUCGACAUCCCCAUCAGUGUCUACAAGCUGCUGGUGGUAGAUUGGCCAUUUGGAUCGGAGAUGUGUAAGCUCGUGCCCUUCAUACAGAAGGCUUCUGUGGGGAUCACCGUGCUAAGUCUAUGCGCUCUGAGUAUUGACAGAUAUCGAGCUGUUGCUUCUUGGAGUCGAAUUAAAGAAACUGGAGUUCCAAAAUGGACAGCAGUAGAAAUUGUUUUAAUUUGGGUUGUCUCUGUGGUUCUGGCUGUCCCUGAAGCCAUAGGUUUUGAUGUGAUUAAGACAGACUACAGAGAAAAGCCUCUAAGGGUCUGCCUGCUUCUUCCGGUUCAGAAAACAGCCUUCAUGCAGUUUUACAAGACAGCCAAAGACUGGUGGCUGUUCAGUUUCUACUUCUGCUUGCCACUAGCCAUUACAGCAAUCUUUUAUACCUUGAUGACCUGUGAAAUGCUGAGAAAGAAGAGUGGCGUGCAGAUCGCUUUAAAUGACCUCUUAAAGCAGAGACGAGAAGUGGCCAAGACAGUCUUCUGCCUGGUUCUCGUGUUUGCCCUCUGCUGGCUUCCCCUUCACCUCAGCAGGAUUCUGAAGUUCACUCUUUAUGACGAGAAUGAUCCACACCGAUGUGAACUUCUGAGCUUUUUGUUGGUUUUGGACUACAUUGCUAUCAACAUGGCUUCUUUGAAUUCCUGCAUCAAUCCAAUCGCUCUGUAUUUGGUGAGCAAAAGAUUCAAAAACUGCUUUAAGUCCUGCUUGUGCUGCUGGUGCCAAACGUUUGAGGAAAAACAGUCCUUGGAGGAAAAGCAGUCCUGCUUGAAGUUCAAAGCUAAUGAUCACGGAUAUGACAACUUCCGUUCCAGCAAUAAAUACAGCUCCUCUUGAAGGGAAGAGUAUUCAUCCGCUCAGUCUCAUCAUCCUUGUUUUGGACAGAUAUCAUUAGAGAGGGGAAAAAAAAAAA